AUGUUUACCGUGUGUGGCACGGUGAGGGACUACGAGCAAGGGUACAUUGCCAAGUCUUGUCGAAUGUCAAUGCUGCACUACAAAUCGGAUCUACUGAAAACGAUCCUCACGAUCGUGUUUGCACCGUUGCUGGUGUUUGGCUACCGGGAGCAAAAGCAGCACGUGACGGUGGAGCUGUUUUCAAACUUUCUGGACGAUUCGAAUCAGCCGGCCACGAACAUAGACAUCACCAUCAUGUGCCCCGACAUUCAGCUGUACUCGGCGCAGCUCCAGGUCGUGGCCAACUUCACCGGACUCCGCUAUCUGAUGUUUAACUGGCCCGUGCUCUCGGCGAUCAUAGGUAUCACCACGAACCUAUUUUUCAUACUAAUUGUGUGUAUCCUGAGCUGGUAUCACUGGGACGAUACGGAAUGGAUCACGGACAUACGGGAUCGUUACAAGCAAAUAGUGAAGGGUGUUUCGCAGGUUGCUUCGAUACAGGAAAAGCAGCUCACUUCAAAAGCGCAAGACGAGACUGAUAUUACGCCUCCAAAGUGGCUGAUGGACGAAGAGUGAAAGUACUGUUGUGUGUAGUUUUCAU